AGCUGCUCUCAGUAGGCAGAGCAGUGCCGCUGGAGAGCUCUCUCGACGACCGCAGGCUCCAGCUUAGAAAAGACGCGACGACAAAACGUUUUUAUUUGUUUUCGUUUUUUUAUUUAUUCAUUUCCUCUCCCCGUUGCUGUUACACGUUUGAAUAAAGAUGUGACUCGGCGACAUUUAAACCCCUUCAGCGGUAUUCAUGUGCGUGAAGACAGAGAGAGAGAGAAAGAGAGAGCGAAAGAGAGAAAGAGCGAGAGAUCGGGGGAGAGACGAGAAGCAGAGCCGUUCGGGCGAAUGGAACUUAUUGUUGUGCGUUUGUUUUUCUUGUCUUCUUUUUUUUUUUUUUUUUUUUUGACUAUGUUAUCCUUGAAUGAGUUCGGGUCCGGUCCUUCUCUGCUCGUCGCCGAAGCUUGAAUCCUGGGAUUUAUAUAAAAACCCAUAAGGAAGCACCGAAAGGAAGGAUUCUGCAAGAGCUAGCGAGCUUUUUCCUCACAGAGCCGGGGAUUUAAAUAGUCAGUUGUUGGUGGAGCCCCGGAGAGGCGAGAGCGAAAGAAAAGAAAUUCAUGUGGCCAUUCUCUCUAUAGCCAAACAUUUUACUUUUGGAGGAUUGCAUAAUGAGCAAGGAAAGACCUAAGAGGAAUAUCAUCCAGAAGAAAUACGAUGACAGUGAUGGGAUCCCGUGGUCAGAAGAACGGGUGAUGCGAAAGGUGCUUUACCUCUCCCUGAAGGAAUUUAGGACUGCACAGAAACGGCAGCUGGAUGGCGAUGGAACCACAAACCUUAAUGGUUCUCUUGCCAAUGGGCAGCUGAAUGGCUCGGUGUCGAAGGGCUGCCACAAAGAAGAUGGGUCCUUGCGCUCUCAGGGCCUCCAUGGGAGCAACAAAUAUGGCGAGGACAGUCCUGCAAAAAAGAGGCCUCGACUCCAGGCUCAGCGGAAGUUCGCCCAGUCGCAGCCCAACUCGCCCAGCACUACGCCGGUCAAAGUGGCCGACACAGGCAACAUGAACGGCAACCUGUCCACCGCUCCGUCAACGUCCCUCUCGUCGCUCUCCUCCUCCUCCCUGUCCUCCUCUAUCCAGGACCUCUCCCGGCGCAAGCCCAAGACGGAGGACUUCCUCACGUUCCUCUGCCUCCGAGGUUCCUCUGCCUUGCCCAGUAAUAUGGCCUAUUUUGGAAGCUCCCAGGAGGAGGAGGACCUGGAGGAGGAAGAAGAUGAGGAGGAAGAGGAGGUGCGGAACAGCGCAGGAGUCCACACACAAGGUGCAGGAGGCAGCAGCCAAGCCUCGGCCUCCUCCUCUUGCAACUCUACACCUCGCAAGGGCAAACUCCCCGCCAGGCAGCCGCUCAAUGGGCACGUUUUUAACAACCACAGCAAAGCAGGGACCAGGGAGAGUCCGAGGCCGAAGGCGGGCACACACAGCAGGGACUCACCCGCUCCUCCACUGCCGCCUCCUCCGCCACCUCCUCCACCUCUACUGAGGGAGCGCAGCGAGCGGGCGGAGGCUCGAGAGCACGCCAGGGAGCUCCAGGCCUUGGCCAGCAGUCGGGGCACCGCCAACGGGUUGCCAUCGAGGAGAGCGGCUGAGGAGCUACGGAAGCAGGUCUCAAAAGUGAAUGGGAUGACGCGGGCUGGCUCGGCACAAGCUGUCGGUGGUGCCAAGAAGAGCCACGACUUACGACUGCCGUCCAAAACUGUGAAGAAGUACACAGCUACCGUGUCCAAGGGCCACGUCACCUACACCAAAGCCAAACAGAAAGAACUGGGCAAGAAAACCAAACUCAGCAGCAGUAACAAACACAACAGCGCCGCCUCGGCAUCAUCGUCAGCGAACAAUCACAAUCAGCACAGCCAGCCAGCAGCCAGCAAUAGGCUGGCCAACUCAGGAAAAGCAGCGGCACCAGCCCACCACAGCAAUGCAAAAACCCGCAAACAGGUGCUAUUAUCAAACGGGCUGCACAAAGCGGCGGUCAACAUGCGACCCAACGGCAGGCUAAAUGGGCAAUGGCACAAUGCCUCAGCCAAGGAGGACGGGCAGAAACAGUGCCAGCAAGGCCACGGGGAGUGCCCGGGUCGAGAGGGACUGCGAAACUCCAAGCGGCGUCUGGAGGUGGUGCUUAACUCUGUGAGUACAGGGGUUGUUGUGCAGAAAGCCAAAACGAGUGGCUCCGAGGCCAAAAAGGCCAAGCUUCAGCCCGCACCACUGGAGACGCGCAGCAGCAGCAAAAAGGUGGCCAAUGACGAGAAAGCUGCCAAGCAGAACAGCACCCCUACCACUCCAAUUUCUAAUGGACAUGAUGCAGAGAAGCCCACCCCGCCUAAACAGACUCAACCUGCUACUCCACUUUCACCUUCUAGUCCACCGCCUCAACAAACGCCACCUCCUUCUACACCAGCAGCCAACGUGGAGCCAGUGAACCAGCGACCCAAGCGUGCAUCGGCCGGCAAGCUGAUGUUGAUACGACAAGCACAGCAACAGCAAAGCAGGUUGCAUGGUCGCAGCUCCUCCUCAUCCCCCUCAGUAGGCUACAAUAACACACCAAACCCCAGUCGAGCCAGCACUACCUCAGACCCUCAACAAAUCUCUGCCUCCUCUCCCUCGUCCUGCAACAACUCAUCUACUCUUCCUUCCACCAACGGCCCAGGCCAGAUCAAACCAGCAGCGUUGCGGCUCGCAGACCGCGACAAGGAAUGGGAGCACGAGAAAGAGCUGACGCGGCAAAAGGAACGUGAGCAGGAGAAGGAGCGGGAGCGCCAGCGGAGCAAGCCAGAGGGCUGGGCGGCGCUGGGCGAAGUGCCUGUCUUCCGGCCCUCUCAGAGGGAGUUCCAGGACCCUCUGGUGUACUUGGACGCAGUGAGGGAACAGGCCGAGGUGGCUGGCAUGUGCCGUGUGGUGCCACCGCAAGACUGGCGGCCGGAGUGCAAGCUGAAUGAGGAGAUGCGCUUUGUUACACAGGUGCAGAGGGUCCACAUGCUGGGCCGACGCUGGGGCCCAAAUGUGCAGCGGCUGGCUUGCAUCCGCAAGCACCUUAAAUCUCAGGGCAUUACCAUGGAUGAGCCACCAGUCAUUGGUGGCUGUGAAGUGGACCUGUCACGUUUUUUUCAGCUCAUCAAUGACAUGGGCGGCAUGCAGCAGGUCAUGGACCUGAAGAAGUGGACCAAGCUUGCCGACCUCCUCCGAAUCCCCAAGUCAGCACAGGACCGGCUGGCCAAGCUACAGGAGGCGUAUCUCCAGUACAUCCUCUCCUAUGACUCUUUUAGCGCCGAGGAGCGCCUCCGGCUUCUGGGCGAUGUGCUGCAAGAGAAAAAGAACCUGGAGUCGCGCCAGGGCCCCCUUGAGGGCCUCUCGGAUUCUGCUUCGCACGCCUUGCCACGCUACGAGCCCAAAAAUGGGUUAGUGGGCGGAAUAGUUGGAGGGACGACCGGGAACCAUCGCACCAACGGAGUGUACCACCGUCUGAAAUGUCUGAAGGAGCUGGAGGCUCAGGUCAAAGCGGGCCGACGCCGGCUCUUCGCUCAGGAAAAACAAGGCAAAGAGGACAGGCAUAACGGAGAGCAGCGAAUGGAGGAGGACCGGGGCAUUCUCAGUGAUCAGUACAAGUGUAUUUACAAGGGGAAAUCGGUUUCCUUGACCAACUUCUUCAGGAUAGCCCGGAACACCAUGACCAUGUGCUUUAAUAAGGAACCUGGAGCUGCUGAGGUUGAGCAAGAAUACUGGAGGAUAGUGGAGCAGAGAGACACCCACGUGGCAGUCCACUGUGGAAAGGUGGACACCAGUACACACGGCAGUGGUUUCCCAACAGGAAAAUCAGAGCCAUUUUCAAAACAUGGAUGGAACCUCACUGUCCUCCCAAAUAAUUCUGGAUCCAUACUGAGGCAUCUGGGUGCUGUGCCUGGGGUGACCAUUCCCUGGCUAAAUAUUGGCAUGGUCUUUUCUACCUCAUGCUGGUCUCGAGACCAAAAUCGCCUUCCAUAUAUUGAUUACUUACACACUGGUGCUGACUGCAUUUGGUAUUCUGUCCCUGCUGAGGAGAAGGCCAAGCUGGACAAGGUGGUCCAUACACUGCUUCAAGCCAAUGGCACCCCAGGACUAGAAAUGCUGGAGAAGAAUAUAAUGAUCUCUCCAGAGGUGCUGUGCCGUGAAGGCAUCAAGGUUUACCGUACGGUCCAGCGGAGUGGCCAGUUUGUGGUCUGCUUCCCCGGUGCCUUUGUCUCUAAAGUGUGCUGUGGCUACAGCGUGUCAGAAACGGUGCACUUUGCCACGCCACACUGGAUGAACCUGGGUUACCAGGCUGCAAAGGACCUGAAAUUUCGUUGCAUAGCCAAGCCUUUCUCCAUGGAGAAGCUACUGUAUCAGAUCGCCACCGCUGAGUCCAAGAGGGACAACGGCCUUCUCCUCACCACCAUCUCCACCCUACUCAAAGACCUCAGGAACAUAGAGUUGCACCAACGUCAGGAACUUUAUAACGCAGGUUUGCUGUCCUCUGCCCGGUAUGGCACGCAUGAGGGCAACCUCUGCCCCACUGACGGGCGCAAGAAGCCCCGCGGGAAAUGGCUGGCACUGGAGUCCUUGGAGAGACGCUGCCAAAUCUGUCAACACCUCUGCUACCUGUCCAUGGUGGUUCAGGAGACGGACAACGUGGUUUUCUGUCUGGAGUGUGCACUACGCUACGUGGAGAAGCACAAGUCCUGCAGGGGGCUUAAGAUGAUGUAUCGAUAUGAUGAGGAGCAAAUCAACAGUUUGGUGAACCAGGUGUGCGGUAGGGCCAUGUUAAAGAACGGAGGAGUCGGCAUCGGAGGAGGAGCCGUCAUUGUUAGCGGAGGAGGGGGAGACUCUUGCCACACUCUAAGCCCCGCCAAAGCAUCGCCAGCCAAGCGGGGCCCCCGGAAGCGCGCCACUGUGGAGGUGUCCCUGGCCCGCCUGUCGUCCAUCCACAUGCCGAAGGCGGCGGCCGUGUCCUGAAGCGGACAGUGGGACCUUCUUCCACUUCUGUUUUGUUUCUACAUUAAGCAGGAUCACUAUCCCCCACAGCCCUCACCCGAGCUCAAGUCUCCAUUUCGCUCACCUCUCUUUUAGCGACAGCUUGUUUCUGAAAAACAGAAAAAUAAACGCAAAGCAAGAUGUCUUUUUUGCACUAGUGUGAAAGAAGAAUUAGUUUUUAUCUUGAGUGAUAUUUUUUAUGAUUUUUAGUUCCCUUCCCCCUAAACCUGCUCUGAAUCAACAGUACAAGCAUUAACAUUCAGAGGAAGACUUGACAGGGCCCCAUUUUUACCCCUCCAUCCUUUCUGACUCAGAAUGGGUUACAUUUGUUACCUUUUCCUUGCAUCACUCACUCCUGAGACUGAACCCCCCAUCCCUGUUAAAACUUGGAACGAAUAAAAUGGAUCCCCCCCACCAUGUUUAAUUUUUUUCCCCCCCUUCCAGAUGACGUUAAGUAGUUACCCAAAGUUUCUCUCUGUCCUUGAUUUUAAGGAAGAAGAGUCCUUUUUUAUUGCAUUUUAUGCGUUUGUGAUGCAUUUCCUGCAGAGUUUCUUUAAAGGAGGUGAUGCAAGAUUUAAAAACUUGAAAGACGAUGUUGGUUGGCUACAUUUUUUGAGUUCUAUUUUGAAUCUUUAGCUUUGUUUUCUGCUAGGUUUGGUUUUGUUUUUUCUUGUAUUUUAUUUUGUUUUGUCCGUCAGCUGACGUGAGCGAAGCAGAGCCUCACUUCUGCGUCAACACGGAGGGAUCUCUCGCCAGAAAUCGGUGCCUGACACUUGGCGAGGAGAUCCGUUUUAUUGGUGCUGUUGGUUAUAAUUACUGUAUAACAACACAAAAAUUUAAAAAAAAAAAUGUUUGAGGGUGGCGUUUGGCGCCUGCUUCACGCCCCACAGGUCAGAAAGGCUUUCAGGCUUUUCUGGUUCUAGAUGUGCAAUCGUGUUAACAUUCCAUUCUUCCAGUCCUCUUGUUUCAUCUGUACCAGUAAACAUUAAUUAUUAUAUUAUUAUUUUUGGGUUUUUGUUUCUCAUUUGUUGAGCUGAUGUGUUAUCUCAAGUAGAGCCACUAGUUAAUGAGUGUAAAAUGUGAAAUAUCAAUUUUUCUUUCUUUGCUUUUUGCUAUUUUGUCCCCUUUUUUCCCAGAUAUAUUAUGACUAAUUUUUACAGAGGAAAAAGUCCAACACAAACAAACAAACAUCAACUUUUUUGUACAUAUAUCCUGUAAAUUUCUUUAAAUACUUGAGCCUUUUUCCGGGGUUAAGUAAGAAAGAAAAGGAAGGAAAAGAAUGCAGAAGAGAGAGUUUUCCAGAGAGGAGAGUGCUUGAUGAAGAAAAAGCCUUACAAUUCCCUUUCUUCAUCUGUGUGAGUUAGAUGCUUACAGGGUUUUGCUCUGGUAAAUGUGUAUAAAAAUUUUAAGUGCUGCUUAUAUCACUAAGAAAGAAGAUAUUGAGUAGCCGAUGAUUGCCCCCUCCUAAUCCUUACACUCUCUCCCCCCCUUUUUCCUCCAGCCUAGUUUUGUUUGUUUAGCUUUACUUUUUUAAAGAAAAGGGAAAAAGGAUUUGUUGACAAAAAAUGGGUUUUUACAUUUUCAUUACUGAAAAUUCAACAAAAAUGUAGUAGCUACUCAUGUUGCACUGAGCUUGCCAGUGGUGACUGUCAAGGAAAAAAAAAAAUCCUAUAACCCAGUUUGUUGGUAUUUGUCCCUCGCAGAAGACUGAACUGUUUUAGGACUAUUUAAAGAAAUACCAAGGUGUUUUCAGCUUCAUAAAAAGUGGUUGUCAAGUUUUUAUGGCCUUACAAUAUAUUUUAUUCUUACGGGAUUGUUUUUUCUUUCAGUUUUUGUUUUAUUGCUUAGUUCUCUUGUUUGUUUGGUUUUUUUUUCUUCCAUUUUCUACAGUAUAAACUACUUGCUCACAAUGGGAUCUCUGGUGACUUAAUUUAUUAAAGCCGCUCGUCGGCCUUUCCUUUCAUUGGGAAAGAGUUUCAUGUUGGUUAUAUUUACAGUUUUUUACUUUUGCAGUUUGUACUUAAGGUUUAAUAAAAACUUACAGACAAUUCACUGUCAGUCCUUUCCAACCUA